AUAUAUAUCGAGUGUUAACGUGUCCGCGAGGAGAAGGCGGCUGUGUGUGAGCAGCAUAUGCCCCAAAAGUGCUUGUGCGAGUGUUCGGGCAGGUUCCCCUGAAUUAUAAAUAAGCGAAAAGCAAAUGCCGCGUGGAUAAAAUUAAAACUUCAGAUAUACUCGUACCAGUAUAAGUGCGAAACAAAAGUUGAAUAAGUAUUUGGAAUAUCUGAUGGCGAUUUAAUCAUCUGUAAAAGGCGAAAAGGCAAUCUAAAAGAAACUUUUUGCACAGGCAAUUUUUGCGACAGACAGACCACCCCCAACUGACCAUCCCCGAGGAGGGACCCCAACAGAACCCCCACUGACCAUCUCCAAGAAGCGACCAGGAGCAAACAGCCGCCAUCAUGUAUGGGAUGCUGUACGAGAGCGUGCAGCACUACAUCCAGAAGGAGUAUGGGAUGGAGACGUGGAAAAAGAUAUGCCAGAUAAUCGACUGCAAGCACAACAGCUUCAAGACCCACCAGAUCUAUCCGGACAAGAUGAUGCCGGACUUUGCCGCCGCCCUCUCCGCCUGCAGCGGCGAGUCCUUCGACUUCUGCAUGAACUUCUUUGGGAAAUGCUUCGUGAGGUUCUUCACCAACUUUGGCUACGACAAGAUGAUUCGCUCCACGGGUCGAUAUUUCUGCGACUUCCUGCAGUCCAUCGACAACAUUCAUCUCCAGAUGCGGUUCACCUAUCCCAAGAUGAAGUCCCCGAGCAUGCAGCUGACCAACAUGGAUGACAAUGGAGCUGUCAUCCUCUAUCGCAGUGGGCGAACGGGCAUGUCCAAGUACCUCAUUGGACAGAUGACAGAGGUGGCUAAAGAGUUCUAUGGCCUGGACAUGACGGCGUAUGUUCUGGAGAGCCAGAACGACAUUUGCGGCGGAACAGCGGGUCCCAUCAAGCUGUCGGAGGGUCCGAUGACGGUGAUAGUCAAGUACCGCCUGGACUUUGACAAUCGCGACUAUAUGGCCAAGAGGGUGAACGUCGUUGCCCAUCCGUCGCAGCUAAAGAUGCCAUCGGUGGACCUGAACGUGUUCCUGGAGCUGUUCCCCUUCACGAUUGUGCUGAACCACGACAUGAAGAUAACUCUCGCUGGCGAGAAGAUUAUCGAAACGUGGAUACUGCACAAUCCGGGGGUGAAUCCGAAGAACUUCAUUGGCAGUCAUGUCAUGGAUUUGUUCAAGUGCCGGCGGCCCAAGGACACCAAGAUCGAAUGGGAGACAAUUCUCCAGAUGCGAACGGUUCUCUUCGAGUUUGAGCUCAUCCGCACGGGUCACAAUCGCGCCGCAUACGACGCAGCCCUAAACAUUGACUACGACACCUUCGACGAUGCAAGUCUCAACGAGGCCCAGACCAUGGCCCUGGCCAGUGCCCAGGAGUUCAGUGUGGAGCACGCCAAGGAGGACGAGGCUGCUGCUGCCGCCACGAAGGAUGAAAUCGACCCUGCAACGGGACAGCGUCGUCCCUCAGUGGGACUCCGAUCCAUUCUGCUCAAGGGUCAGAUGUUCUACAUCAAGGAUGUGGACUCGCUGAUAUUCCUGUGCAGUCCAUUGAUCGAGAAUCUGGAUGAACUGCACGGUAUUGGUCUGUACCUGAACGAUCUCAAUCCGCACGGCUUGAGCAGGGAGCUGGUCAUGGCUGGCUGGCAGCACUGCUCCAAGCUGGAGAUCUUAUUCGAAAAGGAGGAGCAGCGGUCCGACGAACUGGAGAAGUCGCUGGAGCUGGCUGACUCUUGGAAACGUCAGGGCGAUGACCUCCUCUACUCCAUGAUCCCUCGUCCCAUUGCCGAGCGUAUGAGGAAGAGUGAGGAGCAUGUCUGCCAGAGCUUCGAGGAGGUCUCGGUCCUCUUCAUCGAGGUCAUGAAUGUCUACGACAGCGGUUCGAACAACAUCCAAGACGCUAUGCAAGCUGUCACCACAUUGAACAAGGUCUUCUCGGCUCUCGAUGAGGAAAUCAUUUCCCCGUUUGUCUACAAAGUGGAGACCGUGGGCAUGGUCUACAUGGCUGUGUCCGGAGCACCAGAUGUCAAUCCUUUGCAUGCGGAGCACGCAUGUGAUCUGGCCCUGCGCGUGAUGAAGAAGGUUAAGGCUCAUGCACUGCCAGGCGUGUCCAUCCGCGUGGGCAUCAACUCGGGGCCCGUGGUGGCCGGAGUCGUUGGCCAAAAGGUGCCCCGAUAUUGCCUGUUCGGGGACACGGUCAACACCGCCUCUCGCAUGGAGAGCAGCAGCGAUCCCUGGAAGAUUCAACUCUCCAACUACACAGCCACAAAGGUGCGCAAGGUCGGCUACAAGUUGGAGCUGCGUGGCUUUGUCACGGUGAAGGGAAAGGGUGAGAUGGAAACUUUUUGGCUGCUGGAAGGACCAGAGUAAUAUUGUAGCACCAUCAUUUGACCAAUAUCUAAUGGUAUUCAUAUCACCCUCUGCUCGCUUUGUAAGAGAGCUCACACCAAAUAUGUACAAAUUUUUAAAAUAAAGCGAGUGGGAACGUUGAUUCGCUUCUAUUGCCGCGACUCGACUUUUAUACCCGUACUCAGUCAGUAUAUAAAUAUUUGAUCUGUUUAAAUUUGUUCCCUACAUCUGGCAUCUACAUUAAAAACUCUAUUCUUAAACCUCUGACAGAGGGCGCAUACAGAGACAGAGAGAGAGAGAGAA